GUUUAUCUACAGCGAUUGAUUAAUAUUAUAUCAUCAGAGAGCGACCGCUUCAGCUAUGAACAGCGUGAGAUUGCACUCGACUCCCUAGUACAGCUCUUCUUGCUCCCAGGUUUCGCCGCCGAAUUAUACGUCAACUACGAUUGUGAUCUAUACUGUGCCAGUUUGUUUGAAGAAACUACUGGGAUGGUAAUCCGUAAUGCCUACCCUGUUGCCAAAUUGAUGGGCACGCAUCUCCUUUCCCUUGACGCUCUACUAGCUGUCAUCGAUACGAUCGAGGCACAUUGCAGUCUCGGUGGUCAUCGAAAUCUAUCUUCGACUCAAUUAAGGCAGAAACAAUUUAAAAAGCAGCUCAUCGUCAGCUAUCGUGUCUUGCACACCAAGAUUGAGCAUUCAUCAAAUCAAAUCUGA